AGGGAUAUCGUUUCCUUCCCCUUUGAGUAUGGUUCGCAACACUGCAAAGAAAAGCGGAGGCUUCCUCUCGAACAAGUCAAGUAAGUCCACUGUUAAAAAGGAUUUUGAGAAGAAGAAGCUUAAAGUUGGUAAAGGAAAGGUCGUCCCGAGGAAUCAGACCAACGUUGACCAAUUUCGAGCUAAGCGGGUGAUCCUUGCGCGACAAAGCAUCUUAGAGGACAAGUCCGGAGCCUCAGCCAAGCUCAGGGCUAUACUUUCACAAGUGCGGCAUUACAACGUGUUCAAGAGGAGAGAUGCCCUCGUCGCUCUCAAGAACUUCUGUUUCGCUGAAGACUAUAAAGAAGGAGAGAGUCACGACCAUCGGCUCACCUCAGUCAUCGAGGCUGCUGCUAAAGUUUUCGACACAGUAGCGCCGUGCAUGUGUGAUGCUGACGGUGAUGUCCGAAGGCUCGCCUCGGAGUUCCUCACCUCCCUUUUCUCCGCCUUACCUUAUCAAGACAUACGACCAUUUGCGCGUCUGCUCUGUGCCCAAAUCAGAGCUGGUAUCACCCACGUGGAUUCUGAGAUUCGUGCGGAUGCGUCCGCCUUCCUGGCCUGGAUACUUUCACAGAGUGAUAAUGCAUCUAAGGACGUCUUAAUGCCUCCUGUAGAAGCCUCGAAACUCGCCAGUGCGUUCCUCUCAAGUCAGAAGGUGACGGUCCAUAACCUAGAGAGUGUAGCCCUGCUCUUGAUGCGUGCAGCGGAUGGCUCGGCAUCAUCAUCGGAUGCUGGAAGUGGCUGUGGGCGAGCUCCCUUCACUCUAGCAGGGUACUUCGGUGCCACGUCCGAAGGGCAUCAUAACACUCAUAGUAGUGUGCUGUCCCCUGAUGUGGCUGGCAAGCUGUCUAAACAACUGCUCAAUCUAUGGCUCGAUACCAGCAAUGCUGGUCUUGCUCGCUCACCUAUCGAGCUGGCCCGGAGGCGCCUCUUUAUUGUGCAGAGCACGAACGCUGCCUUGACCAUAGGCUGGCUCUCGUUACCCCAGUGUGGCCCUCUUGUAGAGGCUAUCCUUAAGGAGUUCCCUUGCCGGGUUCCUCCAACCUCGUCUGAUCGAGGUCUCUAUGAAGUUAUGGAUGAGCUGAACUAUGCCAAGGGGCAGCUCCUCGAGAGUAAGGAGGAGCUCUCGCCCAAGGAGCAGAAGCUGGUCGUCACCUUCCUAGUCAGUCAGGCAGAGAGGAUUGCCUCUUCUAAUGCAGCUAAGAAGAGUUCCGAUAUACGGGAGGUCCCAGCGUUGAGGCCCUGGAUGUCUCUGGCAACGAAGGCCCUUCAACCGAGUCGGAAGGUCGGUCAUCUACGUCAGCUCACUCGAGCGAAUGCGCUAGUACGACGUGGUCUCUGGCGGCUUGCUGGGCUCGAUGUGGAGGAGGAGGAGGAUGAUGAUGCGGGAUAUACCUCGACCGAAUCAAAGGAGGAUAUACCUGAUAGAAGAGCACGGCCGAGGAAGAGGCCAGCGGCCAAGGCAACGGGAGGAGCUUUUGCUGUGUUGGCUGAGGACAGCGACGAUGAGUCUAUGGAGGAAACCGAUGAUGAAGUUGAUAAUGAUGAAGGGGAAACCUCUGCCGUGGAUAAGAAGGGAACUCCACGGAGGAAUCCCGGCCAGCUAGCCAAGGUUGUCUCGGUCAUCGACUCGAAGAUUCAUCCAGUGUCACCAGAGAGUCCUCUUUUCCUCCAUAUACUACCAACGAUAGCAGCAAUGUGCUCAUCCGCAGUUGAGGAGCCUCCACUACCUCUACACGACUAUCAGUUGAGCUCUAUAUGCACUCGGGUAGUGUCCGAGUCUAUGCGUGCAGCAGUACUACGUCGCCUUCCUCGAUUAGCUUGGCAUCUGAGUUGCCAUGGCCCUGCUGGUCCGGAGCUUCUCUAUGUUCUGUCAGUGAUAGGUCAGCUCACUGCUGUUAGUCCCCAACCGAAGGAAGAGUUCGCCCCUAUACAAGCAUUGUUGUUGCCGAUCUACUGUGGUGUACGGGGUGCUGAGGCGCCUCUUGGCAAGAUGGGUUGUGACUCUCAAAUGGUCGCCGUGGCAUUACUAAACUGCUACUCGAAAUUGCCCAAGACCAUGGUUGAAUCGUUAUCCAAACAAGCGGAGAAUGGUCUGGCUGAUCAACCUUCUGAGCUGCUGAAGCUUAUGCUGAAGAGUCGUUCGUAGCGGCUUACC